AGAAACUCUAUGGUUUAAACCACAUCAAGCCGAGUCAGUGCCUGCCCAGUGCAAUGUGAUAGAGCCAAGGUAUUCAAGACCCUGGAGAAUGACCCUCUCUUUGCACGCCAGCCUUUUGAUGACAUCACCUUGGAAGAGCACCGUCACUUGUGCUUCCAGCGGAUGAAGCGCAUCUUCGAGUACCAGUUCUACUCACAGGAGGAGUUCUUCCAGAAUCCGUUCCUCUCAUCUGCAUGCAACAACUGCAUCGGGGCCUAUGACUGGUCACUCUCCAUAAAGAAAGUUCUCUGUUUUGAUAUGUUCAUUGGAGCUGUGAGGGGACUGGGCACAAAGAGGCACAUGAGGAUGUUUCAUGAAAUACUCAAGUUUGAGGCAGCUGGAUGUUUUGCACUGACUGAACUCAGCCAUGGAACGAAUACAAGAGCCAUGCGUACAGAGGCAUUAUAUGACCCGAACACACAGGAGUUCAUCUUGAACACUCCUGACAUCGAAGCCAUCAAGGUCUGGUCGGGAAACAUGGGCCAGACGGCUACGGAUGCCAUAGUGUUUGCUCAGUUGCUGACCGCUGAUCGGAAGAACCGGGGCCUGCAUGCUUUCAUUGUUCCCAUCAGGAACCGCAAGACUCUGCUUCCAUUCCCGGGUGUCCUUGUGGGUGACAUGGGUCCCAAGCUGGGCCUCAAUGGCAUCGACAAUGGGUUUCUGUCCUUUCAUGACUACCGCAUACCUCGAGAGAACCUGCUGAAUAGGACUGCAGAUGUGACACCUGAAGGGGAAUACGUCACACCACUGAAGGAUCCAAAAAAGAGGUUUGGAAUGACCCUGGGCUCCCUGUCUAUGGGACGUGUGGCCAUCGUGGGCAUCUGCACCACCAACCUCAUCAAGAGCGUUGUCAUCUCCACCCGGUAUUCAGCUGUGCGUCGCCAGUUCGGUCCAGAGAACCAGGAGGAGUGGCCAGUCAUUGAGUACCAGCUGCAGCAAUGGAGGCUAAUCCCAUUCCUCGCAGCUGCGCAUGUGUUCAACUACUACUCGGCUGCAUUGUACCGAGAGUUUGUCAGCUUCCACAUUGCAGUCCUUUUUGGCGAGAAGUCUCCUGAAGUGUCGGAACAAGGUGUGGAGCUGCACAUCUUGUCAUGCGCUGCCAAGUGCAAAGCAGGCUGGCUGGCCAGGGAUGCGAUACAGGAGAGCCGUGAAGCCUGCGGUGGCCAUGGCUAUCUCAAAGUGUCGGGUCUUGGCGAGCUGCGCAAUGACAACGAUGCCAACUGCACCUACGAGGGAGACAACAACGUGCUUCUGCAGCAAACAAGCAAUGUGCUGCUGUCGUUGGUGCAAGGGCGCAAGACGGGUCAGCCCCUACCAGCCUCCAUGGCAACCAUUCAAUUCCUCAAUGACAUGGAGACUAUUCUGCAGGGCACCCUGGCAGCGACCACUGUUCGUGAGAUGACCGACAUUAAUGUGAUCUUGGCGGCGUAUAAGUGGCUGGUCUGCUACCUGCUGAGGGUAAGCGACGAGAAGUACACAACGCUGGUGUCUCAGGGGGAGGACCAGUUUUCAGCCAAGAACAACACACAAGCCUUCUGCCUCCGCGAACUGGCCCUGGCUUACAUUGAGCACACCAUUGUGGAAAAGUUCCAGAAUUUCAUUGCUGACCUGAAGGACCCUCAACUGUGUGUCGUGCUGCAGCGAAUUAACUCCCUUUUUGCGCUUUGGAGCCUGGAAAAGCGCAUAGGGGACCUCUAUGGUGGUGGAUAUUGCGCAGGCGAAGCUGCCAAGAAUUUGAUGAGAGAAGGCAUCUUGCAGCUGUGCCGUGAGCUGAAGGACGAUGCUGUCACGCUGGCAGACGUCAUUGCUCCGCCCGAUGUCGCCCUCAAUUCUGUUCUUGGCUGCUCGGACGGACAGGUGUACAAGAAGCUGUUCCAGUCAUUUGUUCUUUCUCCGGGAGGCACCCAGCGGGCACCUUGGUGGAAGGAGUUCCUUGACAAACCUGUCAUGGGCUCCCUCAUGGCAAAGCUCUGAGGUGACAUGUUGCCAGGGGCGCAACAUCUUACGAUAUGACGUCUGUGAAUGCAUUCGUAUGCCAGGUCAGCGUUACCAGAUUGUGCUCCCACGCGUACUCUGCAUAUUUGGUGAACAAAGAAACAACGCCACUGAACGGCAGGUUUUACGCAGUACCAGUUGACCUGGUAGGCACCAGGGUAAGAGCUAGUGAGUCUUGGCAGAUGGGUGCCUUACACCAUUCAUUUUAAGCAAGAAUUUCUUUUUAUUCACCAGCUCUUAGUUCACUUGCAGAGAAUGCUAUGGCAUAGGCUGCUUUUUAAUUUUUAUACAGUAUUCAGAGAUGUAACAAGCAUCCACCGCAUCGGCGCAGCAACUUUAGUAUUCUGCUGCCAAGCGUGGUGUUGAGUGUUUUACUCCUGGGUGCCAUGACCACAUUUCGAUGAGAGUUGCAGGCAAAAACAUUUGUGCAUUGAUAUUUGUGUAUACAGCAUAGGCCGCUUAUAAAUUAAGCACCCAGAGUUGCCAAUUUCUGCACUAUAAGCGGUACCACACUAUAACCAAAACAAUGUUUUUCAAAAGCUGUGCACGUGCAAAACAUGUAGACCAAGGAGCUGUGUGUGUCCGGGAAUCGAAGCAUGCAACGAGACAUUAUGCCCCCACUUUUGUCGGCGAGGUGGUUCCUCCACUUUCCAAGUGCAUUAUUAACCUUACAGCCACUGCGAAGCAUUUCAUUGAUUCUAUACUAAACCGCGACGUUGGCUGCUGACUCCCGACGCAACGCCGCUGGUUAGACCUUGUUGGCGGUGGUGUUGGGCAGCAUUCCAUCGCGGGAAGCUCGCCCUUGUGUAUGUUCAUGUCCACAGACAAAUACACGGAGGUCUGCUGCAAGAUGAUGCGCACAGUCUGCACUGAUGGCAGCAUGUGCGAGGCAGGGUUCGUGGGCAAUCAGCCAGCAACUACCGCAAGCGCUUAUAGCUAAAGCUUGUACCUGUGCACACUGGCAAGAAUGGUGAAAGCUCGCAUGUGGUCAACAUUUCGAACUGGUGAAUUUUCAGAACACAGUUUAAUCUGUCAGCGUCGCGCAGUCACGGUCGCACCCGCGAUACCUAAACUUCAAGACAAUGCGCAUCGCGAAUGCGAAAUGCACUCACGGCCUUGACCGAUUUUUCCGUGGCGCUGGAUUUGUUAAAAACAGCAAAUCGAUUUUACUGUCGAAAUUUGUUUUUCUGGCAUGCCCAAUAAUUCAGACAUGUUUGUGACCCCAUUUGUGUCUCGAAAAAAUCAGUUGACGAUUGUACCUACUUUCCGCACACCAAGUGAAGAGCCAAAGAGUGACAAUGUGCAUGCGUUCAUUGCGGACUGUACUCACUUUGGUGCACACACUUUGUGAAAGUCUUAGAAAUUCGCUGUUUGUGAGAGUCAUUGCAAAGACCUUGUGCUUUGCUUUACUUAGCCACUAUACUUGUGCUCAUAUAGGUAAAUUGUAUGAAUUAGAAAAAGUAAACAGCCCAUCCAUGCAUCUUGCUUUGUUGGGAACCGCUGAUAAAGUUGGACUUGCUGGUAGGCUAAGUAGUUGUAGUCGUUUAACAAGAUCACAGCAAUUGUCCUACUAGGGGCAUUAUUGGGUUUUCACUGACUUUUUUCGUUAUGGUGGUGGUGGUUGCUUGGGAAAAAUGUCUGGCAAUAGCUGUUGUGUUGACUGUUUCAGGGAAGAAAUCAAUGGCAAAUGGUCAUAUCACACUGGAGUACAUUGGAGAUUUGUUUGUGGCAAGUUUGGUGCGCAAUGUAUACAGUUCGAACUCAUUUAUAACAUACUCGAUAGUUAGUGGUUGUUAUAUCAGCAAUUUGUUAUAUGUGGACUUGCCCACAAAAACCCUCAAAAAUUAACCCCAGCGACGCUUGCGCUGCAUUUGAGCAGCAUUUGGGUCCGAAAAACAGAUUUUCAGUGUUAUUAUAUUGUUCCCGGUGUGUUCCUGCACCUACCUGCAAAUUUCCAUUUGGAAUGUCCAUCUAAAGAAUGAAAUGCAGCAUCGUAUGCAGUAAAAGCUCGUUAAUUCGAAUUCCACAGGGAUGCUACAAAAGUUUGAAUUAUACAAAAUUUUAACUAACGAAAGUCGGAGAAAAAAAAUCACUCGGUUAAGACGCGUAUAUAGUCUACGUGGUGUGAGCAUGCGCGCACGCACGCUACGUCACACUGGCGUGAAGAACAUCUAUACUUCAAAGCACUGGCACAGUCAACGUAACCGGACGCAACCAGCGCGGCCCGACGUACCCGACGUCGAGAUGGCUCUUGCUCCAUCUGCGCCUUCCGUCGCGCUGACUAGCACAGAGAAAAAAAAGUAUCGCAGUUUCGCCCGAAAAGCGAAACAUCGAUUGCGAUAGCAAAUUAGUAGAUAGCUAUACAAAGUAAGGAUGGUAGUUUUAUCGGCCGUAUAAACUUGUGAACAUUCGCUUACUGUAUAAAUUAACAAGCACAGUGUCACACGCGCACAGGUAAGCAUACGACAGUGACAGCACUAGUCAAAUGUCUUAUGCAGGAAAACAUGUUCCUGCAUAAGACAUUUGGCUAGUGCUGUCAGUGUCGUAUGUGUGCAUCCUAGAAUGUAUCUCGAGAGUGGGAGAAGGGGUUAUGCUUUUGAACCACGUACUCAAAGAGAAUUCUUUUAUGCUCACAGAAAUUUGAUUACAGGGGUUUUGGACUGAUGGCAACAUUCUUGCACGAACAAAUUUUAUCAUGCUGCUAAAUGUGAAGCAGCCUUAACACUUAGAUGAUAUGUCUCAGAAUAAAUUUGUAUCUCCUGA